AUGACAACAUGCAAAUACAAAUACCACAUGACAAGGAAGAAAAGCAGAGCAAUAAGCAAAACUGCAACAAAAAAGCUUAUGAUUGAAAGUGAUGAGCCACUUGAGGAUGAUAAUAAUAUCCAUGGAAUGGGAAAUCAGGAUGAAGAUAAUACAAUAAGUGCAUUGUGUGGUAAUCUCUGUAAUGAUGAAGUUGUUGCAAAGUGUCAACCAUAUUUAAAAAAUCCAACUGCAAUAAAUGAUCCAGAACUGGGAAAUGAACAAAAUGAAAGUGUAGUUGGUUCAAGACAGAGUUCAGGUUUUGUUACUACAACAAUGGAGCAUAAUGGCACAGAAUCAAUAUACAAGGAAGAAGGAAUUGUUGAGAAACAUAUAGAUGACACAACAGAACCUCAAGGUGAGAAACAUAUACCUUGUUUAUGGUCACCAAGUGAUUUAAGUAAAACUUGA